AUGGAACUGCUGAUCAUCGCGAUGCUGGUAUUCGGGGCAGCCGUAGCCUCAGACACAGAGGGAAACCAGGUCACUGGGGGGAGCUUCUGCCUCUUCCGCUCGCGGCCCUACCAGGUAGUGCUCCUGAGGAACGGCCGCAUCUACUGUGGUGGGAGCUUGAUAGCCCCAAAGUGGGUGCUAACUGCUGCGCACUGCGGCAGACGGGUCAGACGGAUCAGCUCUCUGUGGGUGCAUCUGGGAGAUUAUAAGCUACCGGCAAAGGAAGGCACAGAACAGAUACGAAGAAUCCACAACUUCUUCAUGCACCCAGGGUAUAACCUCUACCCUCGUGACAACGACUUCAUGCUUCUGGAAUUGGAUGAGCCCGCUCAACUCAACAACUAUGAGAACACAAUCAACAUGACUACCCAUUGUCCCUCUCCUGGAACACGAUGCAGUGUGUCGGGAUGGGGCACCAUCAAGUCCCCCCAAAGGUGGUUUCCAGCCACCAUGCAGUGUGCAGAUGUCUAUAGUGUCAGCCAGGCCAGGUGCCAGGACAGUUACCGGGGCAGGAUCACAGAUAAUACGCUGUGCGCUGGCGUGGAACAGGGUGGCAUAGUUACAUGCCAGGGCAAUUCAGGAGGCCCACUGGUCUGCAAUGGGCAGCUGCAGAGUGUGGUCUCCUGGGGUGAGUCUGUCUGUGCCCUGCCCGGACAGCCUGGGAUCUAUGCCAAAGUCUGCAAAGCUGUCCAGUAG